UGAUUUAGAAAAAUUAUGUCAAAUAUGAUCAAACAAUAACGAAGCACGUGUUGCUAAGUACUGGAGGUGGUUGAAACACGUUGCGAACCAGUAAAAAUAAAAUUAAAAAUAUUGACAGGUCGCCGAGAAAACCUCAGGCCGCGAGUAUCGUCUUUCUGGUUCUCCUGAGGGAAGCUAAUAUUGUUUGGUCUCUAGGAUCUGCACCUUAUACCAAAUACUAUAGCUAUACACUGAACACUGUGCAUAUAUCUCGCCCAGCUAGUCCCCGCCCCCGCCACUCAUUGAUCACUUGUACAAUCAAGUGGCGGGGGCGGGGACCAGCCUAAACUCGCCCCACGUGAAUGUAUUGUCAUUUCUCCGUUAAUAAAAAUCAUGCAUAUAUAAAGCUAAUUAUUUAAUAAUACAAAUUAGGGACUAGUGAUAUUAUACGUCAUUUAUUUAACAGACAGAAGCGCGGUAACCUCUAUUUUUAGACAGUUUAUAAAUAGAAACCAAUCGGACAUCGUUUAUUAGGCCCAGUGCCAGAAGCCUGAGCGUUGUUGGAGACGGAGCUUAGACUGACAAGACAAGAAACUGCAGUACAAGUAUGGAGUUUGGAGGAAAUCUUGUGUUUGUUGGUCAGACUGGUGAGGAAGAUGAGAUCCCUGAAGAGGAUGACAUUGAGGAGGAGGAGGAGGAGGCACCAGCAGGUGCUCAGGGUGGUGAGGAUGAGGAGACAUGUUGUUUGGAUAUCCUGGACACAGCAGGACAAGAGGAAUACUCGUCCUUGAGAGAUUUAUACAUGAGAACUGGGGAGGGGUUCAUGAUUGUGUACAGCAUCACGUCACAAACAUCAUUCAAUGAGGCCUCAGGAUUGUUCGCUCUUGUUCAGAGGAUUAAAGCCAUGGAUUACCCGGCAGCGGUUCUUUGUGGAAACAAAAGUGAUUUAGAACAACAGAGGGAGGUAUCCACCGAAGAGGGACAGAAUCUGGCCGACUCCUGUGGGAUUCCAUUCUUUGAAACUUCUGCUAAAACUGGGAGUUAUGUCAAAGAAGCAUAUGAAAAACUGGUCUUGGAAAUUCCUGAAUAUAGAUCUACACACAAGAUUGUUAUGCUUGGGGCUGGUGCAGUCGGCAAAUCUUCACUGACCAUCAGAUAUGUCUCGGACCAAUUUGUUGACAACUAUGAUCCAACGAUAGAAGACUCAUAUCGUAAAAUGGUCAAAGUAAAGGGGAAAAGACGAGAAGCUGAAACUACCAUGAGAGCAAAAGCAUAUGGAGGAACCAUGGGAAGAUUCAGCUUCAUGCCAAAAUCGUCUCUAAUGCGCAGCUUCAUCUCCUCUGUCAGUGGAAUUUUCUCCCGGCGAUCCUCGUCAAGACCAAAAUCGGCAACUGCAGAGGAUUUACAUGUCCAGCAGAGGGGUGGUCAGAAGGCGAAACCUCUGAGUAGACGGAAGUCGGCCCCUCCCAUGAGACCCCAAAGCAAAUCCCAGAAGACUGUUAAAUGCCAGAAAUCGGACACCAAUGUCAUCCUGGUCUCCAUGAAGGAUCUUGAUCAGAUGGACAACGUUGCCACGGGUGACCCGUUGUAUUGUGAGGGUUGCUCUGUUGUAUUGUCCUGUAUCUCUGUUACACGACAAGAAGAGGACAAACUGCUGUGGAAAUGUGAAUUUUGCGGACAUGAAAAUGUUUCUACAGAAGUCAGAAAGGAAGAAAUUUCUAAAUCAGACACUAUAGAUUAUGCCCUGUCUGCACCAGAAGAACAAGCCACGGCUGGGAAAGAAAUCGAGAAGACGGAAGUCACAAAGCCAGCGACAACAGGAAGUGGUUAUGUCGUGUACUGCUUGGAUAUCAGCGGAUCUAUGGGGGGAAUGACACAGCUGCCCGAACUACAAUCUGAAUGGAAGAAACAAAGAGACAGAGAUUUUGCUUCUGGAAGUGACAGCGUGACAAGACUUCAGGCCAUACAAGAGGCUCUUUUAAGACAACUGGAGCGACUGCACCUUGACAGUCCGGAGCGCCGCGUGAUCUUUAUGACAUUUGAGUCGGCGGUGGAGGUGUAUGGAGACUGUACGAAUUCCACCACACAGACUGUGCCAUCCUCCAUCCAUGACAAUUUUGAACCGCUUCUGAACCAUGGAAAGACGUACUCCACAGACCACCAGAUCAAGGGCCUCACAGACUCGUACCAGAAAAUAGUAACAAAUGUUAAUAAGCUAAGGCCCAAGGGGUGCACAAGUCUUGGGCCUGCCCUGUCCGUAGCAAUGGGGAUAGUUGAAGACUCAGUAGGGUCGGAGAUUAUUCUUUGUACUGAUGGAGCUCCCAAUGGAGGAAUAGGCAGUAUGAGUAGAGAUGCGGUGGAGAAUUUCUAUGUAAAGGCUGGAGAACAUGCCAAAAAGAAGAACAUCACAAUAUCAGUUCUUGCUGUGGAGGGGGAGAGAACUGGGCUGGAGAAAGUGUGUAAAUGUGCUGAGAUUUCUGGAGGGACUGUGAAUGUGCUAAAUCCACUGGAGAUUUCCCGCCAACUUCGACUAAUCUCUCAGAAUUAUGUUAUUGCUACGUAUGUAACAGUCACUCUCUUUCUCCACCCAGAGCUAGAAGUUGAUGACCCGAGAUUCCCUAAGGCCAGUAGCCGGAUAAUUAAGGAGGUGGGGAGUGCCACAAAAGAUACCGACAUGACGUUCUCAUUUAAGAUGAAAAACCCCGGCAAGAAACUGGACAUUGAAAAAAUACCAUUCCAAGUACAGAUUUCUUACACAUUAAAGGACGGCAGAAAGAUGUUGAGAACAAUAAGUAAGGAGCUGUCGACUACAGACAACCGACAGGUCAUGGAGGAGGAAAUGAAUGUAAAUGUGGUUGGCACAGCAGCAGUACAAAAAACAGCUUUUCUCGCCAGCAAAGGGGACAUAAAUGUUGCUCGCUCAAAAUUACUGUCAUCAAAGCUCAUGAUUUCCAAAGGAUCCAGAAAUUUACGGCAGAAAGAGGACAAAGCAGCGUUUAUUGAGGAGAGCAAGUCCUUGACAGAUGUGAUCAACAAGCUUCAUAAAGACAGACAGGCCUCCGGUUUCUCUGAUAGAGACACAGCGGUCCUACAAGACCAUGCCAAGAAGUCAAAGGUCAAACUAUCUGGGGCAUCCAAUAAAAUGUCGUAUCUCAAGAGUCGCCAAGAGACCAACCAGUCUGUAAUCGACACAUACUAUGGAUAUAAACAGAUGUAAUUAACAGUGUAUUGGAUCUUCCAUUUAAUACACAGCAGCCAGGAAUUGUGUAGUUAUACUCAUUGGGUAUUUCUAAUUCUCAAAGAAACACGUAAACGAGUAGGAAUUGAGACAUUACAUCAAAAUGAGAACAAUAGCCUCUUGAUCUUUACAGAGAACAUAACAGUUCCUCUAUUGUCUCGUAGAUUUACCUUCUUUCUAAAAUUCUCCCAAAGUCAAUGCUGAAAUUUGAUGAAAUAAAAUCCACGAAUAUCUGAACUGUACACAACUUUGUAUCAUAAAUUCAGCAGAAAUGGAAUAAUAUUGACAGGUGCACUGCUUCUUCAUUUCAAAUUUUCAUUGAGAUUACAAAAAUUAACCAACUUUGUGACAUCACACUCAAAAUGAUUAUUCAGUUUUGGGGAAUUUAAAUUUUUGUGUAAUUGAAGAAUGUUAAAUUUUGAGGCCAGAAAUAGUUCCUGUAUUAAAUUGGGGUUUAAUCAUGUAUUUAUAAAAUGUGUGUAAAAUUAUAUGCUUAAAUUUUUUUGUUGGCUCAAUAGAUAUUUUUUUGUUUGAACUCUGUAACAGUUUUAUCCUACAUUUACAGAUAUUGCUUUUUUAGCUCACCUGAGCCGAAGGCUCAAGUGAGCUUUUCUGAUCACAUUUUGUCCGGCGUCCAUCUGUAAACUUUUCAUCUUCUCAUGAACCACUGGGCCAAUUUCAACCAAACAUGGCCAAAAGCAUCCUUGGGUGAAGGGCUUUCAAGUUUGUUCAAAUGAAGGGCCAUGUCCCUUUUAAAGGGGAGAUAAUCACAAAAAUGCCAAAAUAGGGUGGGGUCAUUUAAAAAUCUUCUUCUCAAGAACCACUGGGCCAGAAGAGCUAAAAUUUACCUGAAAGCUUCCUGACAUAUUGCAGAUUCAAGUUUGUUCAAAUCAUGGCCCCUGGUGGUAGGAUGGGGCCACAAGGGGGGAUCAGUUUUACAUAAAAAUAUAUAGGGAAAAACUUUAAGAAUCUUCUUCUCAAGAACCACUAAGCCAGAAAAGCUGAUUUUUACAUGAAAGCUUCCUGACAUAAUGCAGAUUCAAGUUUGUUCAAAUCAUGGCCCCCGGGGGUUCGAUGGGGCCACAAUAGGGGAUCAAAGUUUUACAUACAAAUAUAUAGGAAAAAUCUUUAAAAAUCUUCUUCUCAAGAACCACUAAGCCAGAAAAGCUGAUUUUUACAUGAAAACUUUGUGACAUAGUGCAGAUUCAAGUUUGUUCAAAUCAUGACCCCCGGGGGGUAGGAUGGGGCCACAAGUGGAGGGGGAGGGGGUCAAAGUUUUACAUACAAAUAUAGGAAAAAGCUUUAAAAAUCUUCUUCUCUAGAACCAUUGAGCCAAAGAAGUUGACAUUUACAUGAAAGCUUUCUGACAGUGUAGAUUCAAGUUUGCAAAGGGUAGUUUGGGCCAUAAUAGGGACUAUUAGGUUUUACAUGCAAAUAUAUAUGGAAAGUCUUCAGAUAUGGGCCAAGGUGACUCAGGUGAGCGAUGUGGCCCAUGGGCCUCUUGUUUUAUUUAUUGUAUGGGUAAAAAAAGAUGUGAAACUUUUUAUGUUAGUACUGCAGUCAUGGCUGCUUUGUUGCUGAAUAAUAAUCCAUGAUUUCAUCUUUACAACCUUGGACCAAUACCAUAUGGUUAUCAUAGAUACUUAUAUACAAUGUGCAUGUCUGUUAUUUUAUUUGCUGGCCUCAGUUGAAGAAUGUAAUGAAAUACACCCUGCAAUAACAAAUAUAUUUCCCAUGUACCGGUGAUGAUAGAUUAACAAAUUUAUACCACAUCAGUAGAAUGUGUAGGUAGGAUCUAUGAUGGGCAUUAUUAGCAAGUUUGUUGAAGUCGCUAAAAUAAAGCUAUCAAUAAUUCAUGCCAGUACGGGAAAUCAGCUAUCUUUCUUGGCUGUUGUUACUGAAAAUUCUAUAAUAAACAUGGAUGACUGAUAUUUUACAUUUAAUGAUAUUAAUGUAAAUACAUGUCAUUAAAGACUUGUGUUUGCUAUUUUUAGAAUUGAUCAGGUUUCUUAAGACCCAUAGGAUAUAAUUUCAAUAUUGCUAUGAAAUUUGUUAAUACAUGUAGUACAUGCCCAUUUUUCAUUUAAAUCAAAUGAAUUUUAGUUGCAUGGGAAACAAAUUUAGUAAUGUAAGUUGAGUUAUGCUUUUCAAUUUUGUUGUAAACUGUUUAACAAAUUAAACUGAUAUAUAGCCAU